AUGUUUAAAUCGGCUAUAGUGCUUUCUAAUCAACAUAAUAUAAAAAUAGGUGGAAAGUUGAUCGGAUGGAAAGAAGGAUUAACAAUGGGUGAUCCAAUGAUUGCAUUGAGAGAGACAUGUCGUUCAGUAUCUGAAUCAAAUAUAGUUGGUAUCGUUGGUCCAGAAUUAUCAAGAGAAGCUAUUUUAAUUAGUCCACUUGGUAAAUUACUUGGUUUACCCGUUAUAUCCUAUUCUGCAACGGAUCCAGAGUUAUCUGAUGUAACAACUUAUCCUAAUUUUUACCGUACAGCUCCAUCGGAUACUAUAGCAGCAGCAGCUCUGGUUAAGCUAUUCAAUCAAUUUAAUUGGACAUCAUGCGUAAUUAUUUAUCAAAAUGAUGCAUUUGGAUCUGGUGCAGCGAACGCUAUGAAUAAUGCAUUUAAUGCAAGCAAUAUAAAUGUGGUACAAUUGAUUGUCUAUGAUAUUGUUAAAAGAACUAUUGAUGGCGAUUUGAAGGCUAUUCUAAUGAAUAGUCCAUCAAGAAUUGCUAUUUUAUGGGCUGAAUCAAGCUACACAUCAUUAAUAUUACAAGAGGCUCUUAAUUCUAAUCUUGUUGGUCCACUUUUCACAUGGAUACUUAGUAAUAAAAUUUCAUUUGAUUCUUUUAAUGAAAUUUAUUAUCAAAAUUUAAUUGGAAUGCUCUUAAUUGAACCAGUUAUUGGAUCAGUUAUUAAUGCACCCUAUGAUUUUCAAUUAUUAAACGAAGCAUAUAAUAUAUGGCAAAACUAUGAAAAUGAAACAUAUCCUGGAUCAACCAAUGUUGAUUAUUAUGCAUUAUUUGCAUUUGAUGCAACAUGGGCAUUAAUUAAAUCCUUAGAAGAAUUAUGUUCAUCAAAAAUAAAUAACUCUUCUUCAUCAUGUUUUUCUUUUAUUGAAUCUUCAUUCUGUUUUGACUUUCGUUUCAAUCAAUAUGAUUUAUUAUCAUUAAUACUUGCUAGAGCGAAUUUCUUUGGUGUAUCUGGUUUUGUGGGAUUUAGCAAUAAUACUACAGAUCGAACAAAUGGUUCAUAUUAUUCUUUAAAAAAUGUUCAAACAUAUUUAAAUGGUUUGAAUUUUGUACCUGUAUUAGAAUACGUUGGUUCUGAACAUUGGAGAGUACCUGUAAUACAAAAUGGUAUUAUAUGGCCAGGAAAUUCCUUAAGACCACCUACUGAUCGAGCACUUCUUCAAGGUGUAAGUUUACGAAUUGGUUUAAUUGAAUCAAUUCCGUUUAUAAUCGUUCAGAAUGUAACAGAUGAAAACGGACGCAGUACAGUACAAUAUACUGGCUAUGGAUCUGAUCUUAUUCAGCUUUUAAUGGAUCAACUUAAUUUUAGUGCAACUCUUAUAUUGGCACCAUCAAAUCAAACAUAUACCCAAACUGUUUUCUCAGUAAAUAAGGGUGUGUAUGAUAUUGUCAUUGGUGAUGUUACCGUUACUGCUGCAAGAAGCGAAGUGGUUGGUUUUUCUAGUCCUAUAUAUGAUAAUUCUUUGCGCCUUGUCGUGAGACAAGCAAACAAUGCUGGUAUCAAUUUCUUUGCAUUCUUAAAACCAUUUUCACGUAGAUUAUGGGGUCUACUUCUAGGUGCUUGUAUUUAUGCCGGUAUUUUAAUGUUUAUUAUCGAAAGAAGAAAUAAUCAAGAUUUAAAAGAACGAUCAAUUAUAUCUCAAUUAACAAUGAGCAUAUCAAAUUAUUCAUAA